AGCCUUAGCGAUAGCGUGUCCAAAAAGAGAGUCACAAAUAAAUUGCUUGCUAGGGUUUUGUUUUAUAAGAAGAGGAUUUCUUUUUCUUUUUCUUUUUUUUUUUUUUGACUUAAAGAGGAUUUGUUAAACAUAGAGAAGAGAAAAGCGAUUUUAGACUACAAAGAUGGAUUCUUUCUCAGCUCCCCCUAGUCGCGAUUCGUCUCAAAUAAACCCACAGGCUAUCAAAGAACACUUGCAAAACGAACUUGCUAAGGAGUUUACUAAACAACUUCUUGAGACGGUAAGAGAAAAGUGUUUUCUGAAGUGCAUCCCAAAACCAUCCUCAAGCCUCAGUGGGAAUGAACAAAGUUGUGUUUCUAAGUGUUUUGACCGAUAUAUGGAGGCUACCGGCAUAGUUACCAAAGCAUUAUUUAGUGGAAAACAUUGAAGUGGACAACCUCCUUGGUAAAUCAUGAAAGUUGCUCAAGUUUUAGGAAUCACUUUAUGGAUGUUUGAGAUUAUGUGCUCUUUAGGACACAAUUAUGCAUUCUAUUUUGUAUGCCCGGGAGUUUAUGGUUGUUUCCAACUCUUUUUGUUUAAUACCUGUACUUUUAUUAUAACUAUAACUCUCUUAAGUUUAUGAAUGUAUGCUCUGUUAAGGGCAAUAAACAAGAAUGUCCAUUCAUCAUUUGCUUUAUAUAUGCCUUUUAAAUUUAA